CACCAUGUGCUGUCGUGGAUAUUUCUGGUCGCAUUGGUUGCAUCGGUCCCGGUCCUCAUUGUGGCGCUGGUACUGGAUCUAGCACAGGUGGUCCGUAUUAGUACCUUUGUGUAUAUUGUCUGCUUGAACGCAUUGUUCAUGACCCGCCAGCACCUGUACUAUGUGCGCCGCACCCACUUGACGUAUGACGCCGAACACUAUCUGGUGUUGGACACAUUGAAGUACCACAGCUUUGACUGGUGCGCGUUCAAUAUUAUCCAGAUCCUGCUGCUAGUCGUCGAGUUCGUCCAGCUACUGUCGUUCCCCAUCCGCGAUAUGCUCCGCUCAAUCAACUUGGCCAACCACCCUGACGAGGACUCGGACACAGCCAACUUUAUCGUCGGCAUCCUGACGCUGUUCACUAAUCUCAGCAGCAAAUUCUACAUCAUCCAGUUCUGGUUCUUGGUUGCAGUCAUUGGGUGCAUGGCACUGGCCAUAGCUGUCAUCCACACUUACAACGAGCUGAAGCCAACUCGACCGAUUGCGCUAUUCUGGGUCAAAUAUCUGCUGCCCAUGGCCAACCUGUUCUAUUUGCCAAUGCUGGUAAUGCUGAUAGGUUCCGCAUCAUGCCUAUCGAAACUAGGCACCAGCGAGUUUGCCAGUGCGUCAUCCGGUCUGCUGCGCUGUGACGACCCAUCCAUCAGCAAAGCACUGUAUUUGUCGUGCACCAUUGUCGCAUACACUGUCGCAUACAUCAUCCUGACUACAUUUGUGACCUCGUUCGACCGUAUUCCGAUUCCAGGCGAAAUCCACUUCCGGUCACAGGGUAUCGCAUUCCUAAAGAAUAUG